AUAGCAAAAUGUUGAAUGCAUUGGGUGUGAUUGUGUCCGGCCGGCUGGUUCAAACUGAUUUCCAACAGAUUAGUGAAUCCCAUUUCUUAAUUACCAUUCCGGACGCGGAUAACGUGAAUCAUGUGGUCGUUUUCCUGACCGGUACCACUCCUUUCCCGGAAGGUAUGGCUGGAGGAGUUUAUUUCAGCUGGCCCGAUCCGAAUGCACCACCUAACUGGCAGCUGCUGGGAUACAUUUCCAACACAAAACCAUCGGCCAUCUUUAAGAUAUCGCAGCUGAAGAAGCUGGAUGAAAUUUCCGGCCAAUCGACGAUGAUGAACAACGUAUUCGGGAGCAAUCUGCCUAUCUCACAUAUCGCACAAAUCGGUGUGUCAAUUGAGCCGGAAAGCUCACUUAUCCAACAAACUCCAUCGACGACCACAUCGAGCACGUACUACCAGUUCGGGCAAAAGAUACUGGAGAACUUUUUCAACUUUGUUAGCAGCUUCUCGGUGACGCAAGCUCAAAUGACGCCGGCACCGAACGAAACGUUUGUCCCACUGUCGACGAUACAAACGUGGUACACCAACUUCGAGCGUAGGUUACAGCAGAAUCCAAACUUUUGGAAACAUUAG